UUUUCUAAUUUUCUUCUUUAAAUUUUCCAGUUAUUCUCCUUUUGUUAUCAUCAUUCCAUUGUUCACUUUUAUUCUUGAUUCAUUUUACUAUGGACGUCCAACUUCUACAUUUUUCAAUUUUUUUCAUUUUAAUAUACUCAAAAGUGGAAAUGCUUUAUUUGGUUCACAUCCUUGGCAUUGGUAUUUUACUCAAGGAUUGCCUUCAAUUUUGUUAUUUGCUUCAAUUCCGUUAUUUACAAUUUUGGUUAAAUUAAUUAGAUCUCGUUUUUAUGUUGAUGUUCGAUUGGAUAGAAGUUUUAUGUAUGAUUAGUCCUGGAUAUAUAUUAUGUGCUGGUUUGUACAUUUUCAGUCUUUCGCUAAUUGCUCAUAAAGAACAUCGAUUUGUUUUGCCAAUAAUUCCAAUUCUUCUCCCUUACAUUGCUGUUGAAAUAAAUUCUUAUAAAAAUGAAUUUUUUAAAAAGUGGCUUAUAAAUUUAAUUAUUGGUUCAAAUUUAUUGGCUAUAAUUUAUUUUGGUCUCAUUCAUCAACGAGGUCCUUAUGUAGCAAAUAAUAAAAUUGUUCAAUAUGUUGAUGAAAAAUUACAAAAGGACAAUAGCAGUACAAUUUAUGUGUUACAAUUAAUGCCUUGUUUUUCAAUGCCAAUGUAUGCUGGUCUUCAUCCUUAUGCCCAAAAUGUGUCUAUUACUAUGCUUGAUUGUGGAAUUAAUGUAAAUUUUGAUUUUUACCUAAUUUAUUAUGUUUUGGAUUUAUUUUAG